CCCUUCUGUUGGCAGCAACAUUUCUGACAUGUCUCUCUCGACUGAAGAAUUGCUCAAGCUGGUUCAAGCAGCCCAAGCGAGCUCUCAAUCUGUUCGUUGAAUUUACACGUAAAGAUGUAGUUACUUCAUAUAAACGGCAUUCUAACUUUAGUCAAUAUAGAACGGCGAUUUUCCACCUACUCAGCAGCAGGUACGAGGUUUGAUCAACUAAUUAGUAUUUACACAAAGUUGACCAUUCUGCAGCCUGCAGAAAUACUACAACAAACGUCGACGGUUCCAAUGUUUAGUCUACCAAAUAUAGACGUUUCGCUGCUAGAUCAACAAGUACUACGUCAAGUCCGAUCUGAGUAUCUUGCUCAACAACGAUCAUCUACAACCGACGUCCCACAGAGCAAUACCAACCUGGAUCAGAAAGUCGAAGAGGAAGAUAGUAAUUUAGAAUCUGCAAAGAGUAUAACUCCAGAGGUACUUGUAAAACUGAGUAAAUUGGCCAAGGAAGCCGAUCUGUUGGAUGUUUUACGGAAGAUGAAACAGGAACAGGUACUUUAUUAUCUCGCGAGGAAUCACUUUCAGAUGUCUUAUAUUAAGCCAGAUAUAUAAUUAGCAUGACAGAGAAAGGGAGCUUUGGCGUCGACGAGAGGAGAUGAUAAAACGGCUGAACGUAGAAAAGGACCAUGUAUUGGCCAGGUUUGUGAUAGACGGAUGGACCACGCGGGAAACAAAAUAUCGUAUGUUCUGACCACUUUCCGUAGGGAGUUAAUUGGCAUAGAUGUCACAAAAGAAAUGGAGGUAUGUACUACUAUCUUAACAGACAAUGACUUUGGUUUAGCUUAUCUGAUAACGGUAAUCUUCAGGCAGUAGAAAAAACCGUUGCAACCGAGCUGAAGAAAUUUGAUCAAUCUAUAAUUAAAGACAUGGAUCGUCAAAAGAAGCGCCAGGAAGAGCGAUUAAAAGAGGUAAUGCAUGGUUAUGACUCGCAUCGCAGUUUGGUGAUAAGUGAUAUGCUAAC